UUAAUUUAUCAUUUUUCUUGUCGGACAAGUUCUCACUUCUCAGGUUCCGUUCUAUCGAGCUGGAAAACUCGGUGGAAAUCCGAGAAGCGAGAAGCUGAGGAGAAGAGUGGUGAUCCUGUGUUCAGUUGUAGAAAAUGUCUCGGAGAUAUGAUAGUCGUACCACGAUAUUCUCACCGGAAGGUCGUCUCUACCAAGUAGAGUAUGCGAUGGAGGCAAUCGGGAAUGCUGGUUCUGCGAUCGGAAUCUUAACGAAAGAUGGCGUCAUCUUGGUCGGUGAGAAGAAAGUCACCUCCAAACUUCUGCAAACCUCAACUUCCACAGAGAAGAUGUACAAGAUUGAUGACCACGUGGCCUGUGCCGUGGCUGGGAUCAUGUCCGAUGCCAACAUUCUGAUCAACACGGCACGAGUCCAAGCCCAGAGAUACACCUACAUGUACCAAGAGCCAAUGCCGGUUGAGCAGCUGGUCCAGUCUCUCUGUGACACAAAACAAGGGUAUACCCAGUUCGGUGGUCUCCGCCCGUUUGGUGUUUCUUUUCUAUUUGCGGGUUGGGACAAGAAUUACGGGUUCCAACUGUACAUGAGUGACCCGAGCGGAAACUAUGGUGGAUGGAAAGCUGCAGCCAUUGGAGCAAACAACCAAGCAGCUCAGUCUAUUCUGAAACAAGAUUACAAGGAUGAGAUAACGAGGGAAGAGGGCGUCGAGCUCGCGUUGAAGGUCCUAAGCAAGACAAUGGACAGCACGAGUUUGACGUCUGAGAAGCUCGAACUGGCUGAGGUGUUUCAGACACCGUCCGGAAGUGUCAAGUACCAUGUUCACUCGCCCGAGUCACUCACUAAGCUGUUGGUGAAACAUGGCGUGACUCAGCCCGCUACCGAGUCAUCCUGAGUCGCGCCCUAGUUGUCUGGCAUUUUUACGCACUUUUGUGUUAGUGAUUCUCCACUUUAUUGUAUCUUGUUCUGAUUUUGGCGAUAUGGGGAUCGUUUGUCAUUCAGAUUCUCUGAUGAUCUUUAAUUGUGGUGAAAACUUCUUCUGUUUGGUUGAAUUUCUCUUUUAAUUAA